GCGCUGGAUCUCGCAGUUUCCUGUUGUCCGCAAUUUAUUGAGACUCCCCUGUCAAGAUGGCUGUCGCGGAUUACAAGAAGUAUCUGGCAGAGAAUGUUCUCAAUGAGCGACGCACGGUCACCUAUCGCUCAUUAAGUCGGGCUCUUCGAGUUCAUAGUACCCUGGCCAAGCAGAUGCUAUACGACUUCCACCGCAACGAGAACAACAAGAAACCCAACAGCGUCAAUGCGACGUACCUCCUGACGGGAAUCCAGAAAGCGCCGGAGACUACAAACGGAUAUCAGGACAGCUUCGAUGAGAAUGGGAUACCGCAGAGCAGCCCGUACCUGAGCAGUUCGAUGCCGAACCAGGACGCCGGUGCGGAUGAUAUUGCGGUUUCGUCGAUCUUGCUUGUGCGCGAGGAUGAUUUGGAGGAUGCCAAGGCGACGUUCGAAUCUAUCGCCUCGAUACAUGUCUACAGUCUGCAACCGACCGUGCUUCAGGAUCUCAAUGUCCUGACGGAUGUUCAUGGGGAGAUGGUGACCAAUCACGCGCAGGAGGAUCCCCUGGAACAUGGGAAAUCCUGGGGCAUGAUCCAGGGGAAGAAUGUCAGGAGGAGAACCGCUGGUCGACCCCCUGCACCCGCAGCUGCACCCGCAGCACCUAAGACGACUAUCCCGGCCAAGCGUCCCAUAAAGAGCGAAGAAAAGCCGCAGCCUAAGACCGAUACCGAGGAGGAAGCCCCCAAACCGAAAACUGAACCGAAAUCUCAGCCUGAACCGGCGACCAAACGUGAAGAAACCCCCACUUCGAGCAAACCCAGCGAAAAGACGGCGCCGCCCAAGCAAAAGGGCAGUAUUUUCAGUUCGUUUGCAAAGGCCAAGCCUAAGGUGAAGAAGGAGGACUCGGCAACAUCGACGACUUCGGCGGUCCAAUCGGCCGAGCCAAGUGGUGCUGAAGACGUGGUUCUGGGCGAUGCAUCAGAUGACGACGAGGAACAGGAGGAGCUUUUCCCUAAUACAGGAAAGGCUGCGCCCGCUGGUACUCGUGAGUCACGGAAAGAGCGAGAAGAAAAACUCAAGAAAAUGAUGGAAGAUGAAGACGAGGACGAAGACGAAGAGAUGCCCGAUGCGGCACAAUCGCCAGAGGAAUCGAACCCUAUUGACGAGCCGCCGCCGAAGCAACCCGAGCUUAAGGAGGAAAUGACGGUGCGUGGUGGCCGUCGCAGAGGACGACGCCAAAUCAUGAAGAAGAAGACCGUCAAGGAUGAUGAAGGCUACCUGGUGACCGUCGAGGAACCGAGCUGGGAGUCCUUCUCGGAAGAUGAACCUGCACCGCCGCCCAAGAAGAAGCCGGCUGUGAGUGCGGCCAAGGGAAAGCCCGCAGCAAAGCCCGGGCAGGGCAACAUUAUGUCCUUCUUCUCCAAGAAGUGAGGGUUGUCAAUACCUGGGGGAGACUCUUGAGGGAAUCAUUGUAUCUGCUGACACACUACACGCGGACGAUCCGAUGCAUAAGCAAUAUU